UUUUUGAUUUUAGGUUCCAUUUUCCUAUUAACACUUCACAAGAAAUUUUCGAAAUUUUAUUUUAGGAUGCGCGUUCUUCCUAAAAAGGAUAAAAAUUCGAAUUUGUAUUAUGUCUACUUUUCUGGCGUUCACAAUCCUUCUUGUAAAAAAUUUCAAAAUGAAGAUCCUAAAAUUAGAGAUUUAAAGAAAAGUGUCAGUAUCAAUUUUUUAGAGAUUAAUGAAGAUAAAGAACAAAUUCAAGUCCAUUCAAAACGUCAGGCUGCAAUUACCGCUUCGAGGAAAAUUUCUGGUCAAAGUGAAAAUACUAAAAGGCGAACAAUAAAGACACGUUCUUUAAUUGAAUUGGAUUGUACGAGUUCUGAAGAUUCUGAGAAUGCUAGUAAAAAUUCUGAAAAGUCAAAAGAAGCUUCGAUUGAAUCGGAUGAUGAACCAGCAGCUAUUUUUAUUCAACACACCUUCAAUAAACCUCCAACAGAAAAUAACUCUAAUAAUAAGAAGACAGUUUCUAUUUCUGAUCAUCAUGAAAAACACAAAAGGGAUGGAAAUUUGGUAUUUCAAUCGCCAACGUCUAAUGAUUUAAAUGAAACAUUUCCUCAAUUAAUUCCUCCAACUUUAAUUUCUUCUUCUACUCCAAUUAACAGCAACAAUAAACAAAAUUUAAAUUUGUCUUCAUCAAAUAUUCGUUUAAAUCCAGCUCCAAUAAUUACUUUAACUCCUUCAGAAACUCCACGUAGAAGUUUGGAAAAUGCUGAAGAAUCUACAGCAACUUUAAUUAUGUUGGAUAAUUCUCCAAAAAUGGAUUUACCUAGAGAUUGGAAAUUUAAAUUGGAAAGUGUUUUUGUACAAAUGAAUCAGUUGGCUGAAGAUCUUCAUUUAAAAUUUACAUGCAAAGGUUUAAAUUUGGGAGUAUUUUCGUCAAAUGAACAAAGCCAAACUGGACAGGUGCUUGUUUUAAACGAUCAAAUAGAAGACGAUGUUUUUGUUAAAGUUUCGGAAUUUGGCGAUUGGAAAUUAAUUUGUGAAGAAAUGUGGCCGAAAGCAGGUGUUCGUCAGUUUUUAUAUGCUGUCCGUGGAAAGCUUAUUGAAUUUUUCUUUGUCAUUCCUAGUUCACCAACUGGAGGGAGUGAAAUAAAUACAAAUGAUGGAAAAUCUUUGGUUAGCGAAAUUAAUUCUGAAGGAACUACAACAGCAACUUCGUCUUCUGUCCAAUUUAAACGUGAAAAUACUGAAGAUCUCUCAACUGUUGUUUUUUUUGAAGGAGACUUUGUUGGUAAAGAUAAAGAAGGAAAUUUAGAAAUUUCUGUUCAGGUAAAUAUUCAGGUAUUUUUAAUUAUUUAA